GCACGGAUGACUCGUGAUGCGGAAGUAAUGAGGCUAAAGCAAGAAAAAGCUGCUGCAAAAAAAGCAGCUGAAGAGGCGGCAAAAGCAUCUGAUGCUAAGAAAGUGGCGAAAAUCGAUCCGCUCAAAUUGUGA